AUGAUUGCACAUCCAUACUACCCACAAAAUAUAUUCCUCCCGGGAUAUAUACCGAAUACAUUAAGCACACCACAACUGCUUAUGUUCGCAACUAUUGUGAUGAGUGUCUUUUUUACAUGUGCCUACACAAUGGUUCGCAACAAGGUUGGUGGUGUUGAUGCACUGCGAUUCAUUUGGUUCCUUUUGUCUGGAUUCCUUCAUUGUGGAUUCGAACUUUAUUUUAUACUUCAUCAUGACACCCUAGCCAACCGAACCGAUAUAAUAGCUCAGUUGUGGAAGGAAUACGCUCACAGUGACUCGCGAUACUUGUCAUCUGACCCCCUCGUACUCAGCUUAGAGACUAUCACAGUGUGUAUUUUGGGUCCUCUUUGUCUAGUAGCGGCAUUGUCCAUUCGGUCUCAUCAUCCAAGCCAAUAUGUUUGGCAGUUGAUUAUCUCUGUCGCUCAUAUGUUUAGCUGUUCCCUGUAUUUUGUUAUGGAUUUACCAACAGGAUUCCACAACUGUGAUCCUCAUCCAGUGUAUUUCUGGGUAUAUUUUGUUACAUUCAAUGCAUUUUGGCUUGUGAUGCCUUUUUUGCUUGUCAUCCAAAGCUAUCACAAGAUUACUUAUAAUGCUCAGAACAAACCCAAAGCCUCCUGACGUUGUAAACUUAUUUGAGAUUAAAUAAAUAAUAAUAAAGCGCCUUGGCGAGUAUGUCGUGGCUUAGGCU